AGAAAACUGCUGCGAUACAUCCUGCCAACUGCAAGAGCAGCCGUCGGCCAAAGAGAACAAGGUAAAGGUAUCGCAAUCAAACUAAUGGACUUCUUGCGACAAGGAUACACUAGACUGGCUGAGCUGCUUGUACACGAGGGUCGUCUACCCGAGGAAGAGUUGAUCUUCUUUUUGCGACAUAAUGAAAUCGGCAAACUAAUUAAAACCCGGUCCGCCAGGCUCAUCAACAAGGCCAAUCGAAGAAGAAAACUCAUGCCCACGCUGAUGGCAAUGCAGUUCCCUGAAAUCAUGACUGGCUAUCCAACGCCUAUUGAAGAUGACGAGAAUGAUGCUGUUCCUACUACGUCAGAGCUAACAGGGAUGCCUGUUAGUCAUGUAUUGUCAGGGCCAAAUGCAGGAUAGUUCGAUCGCUGCGAGG